AUGGCUAUCUCACUCUGGCCGUCCGCCUUCAAGGCUCAAGACCCACGCCUCGCGUUCCCGACCAUCGCUGACAUCAAGGCAAUGGCCCUCGCUUCCUUCACCGCAUCGAGCAUUGCUCAUGUACCCAUCCCCACCGAGGCCUUCGAGAUCGCCAACUUCCUCAGCAUCACUCAAGGAUCCAACACACUCUCCCUCAUUGACUCGGCUCAGCACGGCGGCCUGAUUCACAAUAUAAAGAAAGCUCGCCGCAUGAACUCCAUCGCUCAUGCCUUCAACAAUAACAUCGCCCCUAUCGCCCCUACCGAGGUCAACAAAACGGCUAACAAGUCCAACAUCGUCGAUGAUCGCAAGGAUACCACCAAGUCAACCAACGUUCAAGCUACCGCGCCUAUUGUCGAGGAUAACGAGCCCGCUCAAGUUUCCGAAGUCUCUCAGCAAGUCGAGCCCACCCAGGAUGUCGACAUCAUUGUUGACGACAACCGCAACGACACUUCAUCCAUCAUCGACGAGGAAGUGCUCACCAUCGAGAACAACAAGCAUACCUACCAGCAUGUGCUCCCCACCAUUGACAUCACCGAGGUCAACAUCUCCAUGGCUUCCAAGAUCACCGACGUCGCCGACGUUGACGAAAUGGGCGCCUCCGCUUCAAGCAUUGCCCACGACUUCGAGCGGUUCCUGAAAGAAGACAAGAUGCAAUGGGUGCAUGCCGUCCCCAGCCAGCCCGAGCUUUGCAGUGCGCUCUCCAAGACUAAGAAGCAAGUCACCAAGGUCACCAAGCCAAGCACCCAGGACAACAAGGCCAUCGCUUUCGACAUCAAGCUUUUGGCCGACAACAAGGGGAGCCUCGACGCUGAAGUCGACAUUGUUCAUCACUCUCGCAGAUUGUCUAAUGAGACCAAUUCCUCCACUGAGACGGACAAGACUACUGACAGCGAUGCCACCCGCGCUACCACUCCCGAUACUCCAGACACAGAGUACUCCACCCUCGACACCAGCGCAGUCGACGACAAGUUUGACGAUGCCAUUCUCACAGACAACAACGACAAGCUCCAGCAAGCGGAUGAGUUUGGCCACCUCUACAACUACGGUCAAUUCUCACCCUCCGAUUUUGACGCCACCUUCCUCAUGGAACGUCUCGACCCCAACCGUCGCUACGUCCAGAUGACCUGCGGUUACUGGUACGCCCUCGAAAACGACGACGAGAUCCGCCCCAUGGCAAAGGCCGAGUACCAGGAGUUCAUCGCCUGGACCAGUCAAACCCCCGUCAUCACCCGCGAGGAUUUCAACAAGAGGCAACAAGCGGACGCUGAGCAGGGAAUUAUUACCAGCAACAACAUUGCCAUCAUUGAGAGUCUUGACGAUGACGGAGACGAGGAGCAGUCAGGCAAUGAGGAAGCCGACUUGGUCGAGCAGCAGAACCACGCCACCACCCCCGAGGAGUAG